UCGCGUACAAACUGAUCGGAUCUAGAUUGCCCAUACAAUAUCAAUUACCUUCCCACUGCGUUACGGUGAUGGGCACCGCAAAUUAUGGAAAGUUUGCACUAUCUAUUUGAUAAUUGGCAGUGCCUGUGUACAUUCAUAAUGACCCAUUGCGGUAUUAUGGAUAAGAUAAAAAAUUAUUUUGGCUCGGAAAUAUUUCAUCCGUGACUAAAAGUGUAAACAGAGCAUAUAAAUUUUAAAUUAGUUGUGCUCGGUAUAAAGUAAAAUAUGAAUUACGGGACUAUUUGUACAAGAAAUGAAGUGUUAUUAAAAUAUAUUAAAUACGGUCUCAGAAUUUUUCAUUUAUUUUAAGUGGUACUUAGUUUGUACAAAAUAAAUAUUGGAAUCGAUCCACAUAAAGGGAGUCAUAACACAAAAUUGAAUGAGAUAAAUCUAAACGAGGUCCGUUACAGGCAGCUGCGCGCCAUUUCACAUUCAUCUCAACACACAACCAAUUACUUUCUAUUGGUUUUUAGUUUUUACAUUUUACAUGCAACAGUGGUAAAUGAAGGUUGUAGAGUAAUGUCUCUUUUGACAUUUUAUUGUGCCUUUACGUUGUGUGUGCAUUUAUCAUUACAAAGUAUUGUAAUGAUGGCCCAGGGAAAGAUGCGGGGGCUCGAACGCGAUGGGUAUAUUUCUUAUCUAGGCGUGCCCUAUGCUUCAGCAAAGGAAAAUGGAAGGUAUAAGAAAGCUGGAAUACCGCCAACGUGGACGGGAAUAAGAGAAUCCCGGGAUCCUUACUGCACACCGCGCUCAGAGGUUGAAGAUUGUCUACAAUUGGAUGUGCAUUUACCAAAGGUGGGGAAAUCGUUGCCCAUUCUCGUCUGGGUGAAGGGAAGCAGCGGCGAUUACCAUCCUGGAAAGUUGGUUCAGGAAGGCAUCAUAGUCGUUAUUGUACGACACAGGUUAGGAGCUGUGGGCUUUAUGUGCUCGCAGGAAGAUCAAAUCCCUGGAAACGCUGGAGUGAAAGAUCUUGUACUCGCCCUGAGGUGGGUUCGGGAUAACAUUGUUGCUUUUAAGGGAAAUCCUCACAGGGUGGUCGUGGCCGGACAAAGCUUUGGCGCUGCAAUGGUGGAGACACUUACCCUUUCCUCAAUGGCCAGAGGUCUUUAUCAUGGAAUAAUAUUACAAAGCGGCACUGUCUUAGCGCCGUGGGCGUUUAACUAUGACGCAAAUGAUAAGACAGACUACAUGAAAAUUACCAUGAACGGAACACAGUCACUGUUAAAAUCAGCCAUACCGGAUGUAGUAUCCAAUUCGGAAGACCUCGACGUCCCAUAUUAUCCAUUUGGUAUUUGCAAGGAAAAGGCGUUUAAAAAUGAAGAAACGCUGCUUUCAGAAGCGCCAUUCAAUUCCUUUAUAAAAGGGAAAUUUACAUCCGUUCCAACGAUAAUCGGAUAUAACUCGAACGAAGCUUAUGUAUUUGUGUCAAUGUUAAAACAGAUAAAAGCUGUAAAGAAAAUGACUAGGGAUGUGAUGUUCCUGCUUCCUAUGGAGUUACAAUUAACGAACGAACGAGAAAUGCACCCGCUGAGUAAACAGCUAAUGGACGCGUACUUUAAAGAUAAUAUGAGUAUCAGUUCACUGCUGGAAUACCACAGGGAUGUCUACUUCAUGUGCCACAUACAUCGCAGUGCAAUAUUUCACGCAACCACUGGGCCGGUUUACUAUUACCAAUUCUCACAUUCGGGAAGAGUUGGAGUAGAAAUUGAGAGUGGCGUGGAGAAAACUGGCGCCGCUCACUCGGAUGAACUGGGCUACCUCUUUCCAAACGAUGUGGUCGACUUUGACGGGGACGAUGCGACAGUUCAUCAGCAUCUUACAAAGCUGUGGACUAACUUUGUUAAGAACCUGUAGGUUGCUCAGAAAAUGCAGUAGCUAAUUUUAACGUUUAUUUAGCCGGAGUUCAGUCGCAUGCUUUGCCUCCUGAGGAGUGGACUGUGGAGUUAAUUAACAUUGCAUCUCUAGUAAUUUAAUUGUUUUAUGCCAAUAUUGGAAUUUGAUUCACCCUUAUAUAGGUAUCGUUCUGUUGGUGCCAAUGUUCGGUUAAAAUAUAUGUCUGUCGAAAAAUUUAUACUAAUAUUAUUAGAGCUUCAGUGUUUGUUUGUUUGGUAAAAGGUGCUUAUCCCAGGAACUACUGGUCAGAGUUGAAAAAUAUAAAGUAACAUGGAUAAAUCAGCAGGGCUCUAGUUCUUAUUUAUUGAAAUUAUGUUUUAGA